AUGUCGCAACAACCCCAAACAGUCUUCACGCGCUUCGAAGAGCCCGCAGGCUCCGCUGCCAAGGCCACCUCGGUCGUCUUCCCCCCGGCCUCUUCGUCCCCUGCUUCAUCCUCCAAGCCCAUCGAAACCCUGAACACGGACAUCGCCCGCAUCUACACGCACAUCCACCCAUUCCUCGUUGUCUCCGUCUUCGCCAUCCAAUUCGGUGGCAUUGUCGCGGAUCCGGUUACUUCGCUAUUCAAUGCCCUCAUCCCAUUGAGCGUCCUCCAGGUUGUCUACGCCAUCCUUUGCCUGCCCGCAGCCGGCUCUUCUAGCUCCAAAUCCUCCGGCGGCGCGCGGAGGAAAGGUGCUGGCGGCAAGGCUGAGGCAGACAACCGAAGCAAAGUCUCUACCGCCGUCCUCUCUCUCAUCCUUUCCACCAUCGCCGGUGUGCCGCUCGUUUCCGUCGUUCUCGUCCUCUUCGGCGCACCUUUGACGACACAUCUCGGCCAUACCGUUCUCUGCGCCGCCCACAUCGCGUACCUUGCCGCCGUUCCCGCCAUCUAUGCAUUUGGGGUUGAUGGUGCCAAGUGGAGAGAGCUGGUUGCGCUGAUGGUCCCGGCGGACGAAGUGUUUGGUGCUGCAAUUGGAACACUUUUCGGUGCUUGGGCCGGCGCCGUGCCGAUUCCGCUGGAUUGGGACCGUGAGUGGCAGAAGUGGCCUGUCACCAUCGUUUGCGGGGCAUAUGCUGGCUAUGCGGUGGGAAAGCUGUUGGGCGGAAUCGUGCUCAAAGGCAAGACGUUUGCAUUUGAUUGA